AUGUACCUACAGCGACGGAUAGCCAAAAAACUUCAGGCAGUAGUCGGAGGGAAAAUCGAAGAGAAGCUUUUCUUUGGAACUAUCGAUAAGGCUAUCCACAAGACCACAAAGAGCAAACUCAAAAAGAGACGACUGAAACAUGCUCCUCCAGAUCGUUGGCAUGUCACAUUCGAUGCCAUGGAUGGCGACGAAGAAGAGAAAGAGGAUGGUGAUCAUCAUUUCGACGAAGUUCUGAAUGAGAUGGAAGUCCAUAACGCAUUGGAGCUAUAUGCGAAACAUUGCAAGCAAGAUCCCCAUGGAAUUGAUGAAACGUCAUUGCUUUUGGCCAACCAGUAUCAUCAACAACAGAAAUACAUGUCCAAAGGUGCAGGCUUUGGUGGGGGUAUUAAUACUCGACCAAUGUCCUCACUGGCACUGGAUGCAUCUGAACACAGCAGUGGAGAGAGCGUCCACGGGCACCCUCCGACGGAUAUUCCAGUGUCAUGGCCAUAUCAGUCCAAACACAAGAAACCACCGCUCAACAAGGCAGCCGUUGCCUUUAUUCUAUUCUUCCUCUUUGCUGCCCGCAGCAUUGCCAGUGUCGCAAAUCAACAUGGGAACAUGACACAAUUUUGGAUAAUACCGGUAGGGGACUCGUCGUCGUCGUCGUCGUGGUCAGGCAGCACUACCUUUGACCAAUCUUCUGCCGUGCGAUUGGAUAAGAAUAGUGAUGUUGCACAGCAUGCAAAACAUGCUCAACAUACCCGUGAUGCACAGCUGUCAGCAUCAUUCCAUGCUAACAACGACCACCACCACCAGCAACAACAAAGUUUCUCAGCUUGCCUACUGUGGAUGGAUGACAAUCAUCGCUUGCCCGAAUGGUUCGCCUAUCAUUAUUUUGCGCUCCCCCUACGUCACGUGAUUCUAGCUGUGGAUCCGCACUCUUCAACCCAAGUCAGCAUUUCGUCACAUUGGCAAAACAAGAUGCACAUUACCAUUUGGCAGGAUUCGGAUUAUACAGUCACGGAUCUGACGCGAAAACCAGGAGAUACCAAGAACGACUUGAAAGGCAAACAUCGUCAGCGGCAGUCACAAUUCUAUCAAGCAUGCUGCCGACAUUUGAAAAACCUGAACCGAACCUACACGACCUUUCACGAUAGUGACGAGUACUUGACAAUCAGUGAAGAAUAUUAUGUCAAGCAGCAGCAAAAGCAAAAGCAGAAACGUCAAAGUCAGAGUCAAAAGUAUAUUCAUCAUGCAAGUGCAGAAUUUAGGAGGCAACCAGGGCACAUUUUGACGCUUUUGAAUGAAUACAACGAUGACAAGAAGCAGAACAAGAAGAAGAAGAAGAAAAAGGAGACCACCACCACCACCACAGAUACGCCACAUGAGGAUUUGGCACAGACCUGCAUCCAUGUUCCACGUGCCCUAUACAGUGCGGUGGAAAGUCAAACUGAAAAGCGGAACAAGGGUGUGCCAGACUGGCUGUUGCAGGAUGCGAAUCAUCAAGAUAAAUAUCAAUAUCAGCUGGACACCUUGAGAUAUCGUCAUCGGUUGACGGAACGAGGUGGCCGCGAUGGCCUUGGCAAGGCUAUUAUUGAUGUUUCUCGAUUGACAAAAGAGGACAUUGAUGAAGGAGGAACCACACACAGACCGCUGAAAGAAGUAUGCGCUGCAGAAACGCCAUGGCGCGAUUAUGGAAGUUUUCCCCUUGGCAUCCACCAUUACCUGGGAAGUUGGGAGUCUUAUUCCUUUCGAGAUGAUGCAAGGAAAGGAACUCUGAGACGGCGUGAUAUUUGGUUGUCUCGAGCUGAAUCCGAACAAGGUGGAUCGGAUGAUGAGAUUCGAGAAUGGAUUGCGGGUUUUACGAAAGCUACUGGUGAUGACUUGGCGCGAGAACUACUUUCUGGCGCUGGAUUGUCAAGAUCUGACAUUGAUGAAAAGAAUGCAAGCAACCACUGGCAGUCUGGUUGGGAGUAG